AAUAACAUCUCAUUUAAUGGAUGAUGCCGUGAUUUUGAUUGAGAAACUGAAUGCAGUGGGCUGGAGGCCCAUGCUUUUUCUUGAGUACCACAACAAGGAGGUCAAGAUGCUGCUGCCAGAGGGGCUCGAAUUAAGUUCGGGAGAGAAUAUAUGUCUUAAUAACAUGAAUGCAAUCUACAGCAUGAUAGUUCAAGGAAAGAGAGUGCCAGCAGACCCUUCUAGCAACCAGGCCUCAACCAGUAAUCUGCAACUGGGUCCAGAAGAGGAGACCAUUGUUGUUUUAAAUUUAGAGUCCAUUCAAGACCCUCCACCACAACAAGAGGAGGCUCUACUGUCAACCAGCCCUGCCACCAACACCACCGAGGGGGCACAGACUGAGACAGAGGAGGCUCUUCUGUCAACCAUCCCUGCCACCAACACCAACGAGGGGGCACAGACUGAGACAGAGGAGGCUCUUCUGUCAACCAUCCCUGCCACCAACACCAACGAGGGGGCACAGACUGAGACAGAGGAGGCUCUUCUGUCAACCAGCCCUGCCACCAACACCAACGAGGGGCUAAAAAAGGACAAAACCCCCAAAAGACGCCAAAGGACAAAAGUUUCUAAAAAAGAAAAGGAUUGUCCACACAACAGCCAGGAGGUGCACGCAUAUAGAUGCGUGAUCAAAACUAGGAAGAGAAAGGGGAAGAUGGAGAAAUUGAUAGAUUGGCUCCCCUGCAAACUGUGCGGGAAAACCUGGCCUCCAACAUGGGAGACUGCUUGACACACACACACGCACACACAAUCACUCACUCACUCACUCACUCACUCACU